AUGGCGGCUGCCAGUGUAUUCAGACCUGGUUUGUUUAAUCAUAAAGUUGCAAUUGUAACUGGAGGAGGCACCGGGAUCGGUAAAGCCAUAUCUGCAGAGCUGCUCGAGCUAGGUUGCAAUGUGGUGAUCGCCAGUAGAAAUGCGGGAAAGCUGAAGGUGGCAGUAGAUGAACUGAAGACCAAGAUCUCACUCCCCAAUCCAGCCACAGUCUCCUCUGUCCCCUGUAACAUCCGCAACGAAGACGAGGUGAAGACCUUAGUGUCAGAAGUACUGAAACAACAUGGACGCAUAGACUUUCUGGUCAACAAUGGUGGCGGCCAAUUUACAAGCCCUAUUGAAAAUAUGUCCUCAAAAGGCUGGAGGGCUGUGAUAGACACAAACUUAAAUGGGACAUUUCAAUGCUGCAAAGAAGUUUACACUGCAUGGAUGAAACAACAUGGGGGGGUGAUUGUGAAUAUCAUUGCUGACAUGUGGAAAGGCUUCCCUGGCAUGGCUCACACAGGAGCUGCGAGGGCAGGUGUGGACAACCUCACCAAGAGCUUGUCUAUAGAGUGGGCAGCGUCAGGCGUCCGAGUUAAUGCUGUCGCACCUGGUACAAUAUUUUCUAAAACCGCUAUGGAGAACUAUAAGGACCUUGGACCUGCUUUAUUCAAGAUGUCCAUUCCAUUCAGUCCUGCAAAAAGACUGGGAAUACCAGAAGAGAUCUCUUCGGCUGUCUGUUUCCUGCUGUCUCCGGGUUCGUCCUAUAUUUCAGGAGCCACACUGCGUGUAGAUGCAGGGCAGAGUCUGUAUCACUCAACCUUUGAAAUACCUGACCACAUUGCUGUAAAGCUGCACUUUCUGUCGCGGAGUUACAGAGGUCAAAACAGAAACAUUCAGUAUGGGAGGGGAUCAUGGACACAGCAAAGUGUCUCUUCCAGACUGGAAGCAGUGGAAAGUCGAGGGAACACCAUUGGAAUUCACAAAACAGAGACUAGCAGCCAGAGGUCUAAGGGACCCAUGGGCACGUAA